AAACUUAAGUAGUCAUGUCUGUGGUGAAAUAAUUUGGAUUGACUGGAGCACCAUAGUUGCUCCAUAAUAAAAUUAAUAGAUUGCUGUUGUUAUUUUAUUAUUAUUUUGAGGUAUAAUUUACACGAAUACAUGGAGUUAUUUAACGAAUACCCCUCCUGCCUCCCUAUUUAAUAGUGGCACUAAUCACCCUCCAUAUAUUCCAGGAAAUGGUACCAUCCAGAGGAUGCGCCGACUCCAGAGGCGUGGAUUCCCAGCUCCAGUGUCUUCUUAAGGUUACAUCUGCUUUUUGCCUUUAACUCCGCUGAACCCCACCGUGCAGAGAAAUGUAGCACCGGCUCUCUGUUUAUUCGACGCAUAAAAAAGAUGAGCCGUCUAGAUGUUUCUAAUAAUAGCCGCUCUUAUUUUUACCCCACCGCCGCCUUAUUGCAUUAUGGAUGCCUCUGGAAUGGUGUCCCUGCGAGGUAGCGUGGGAAUAUCUCAGUAGAGAGGCUGCUCCAGCAUCCAUUCUUGUAGCUGUGGGAGCAUCUCGUCUUCUGGAGGCUGGCUGCAGGCUCCUCUGCGUGGGGAUGCGUUUCUUCUUUCUCUUCUACACGCCGGGUUUGACUCCAGAGGAGCGGUAGGCGAUGCGGGAGUAUAAGGUGGUGGUGCUGGGCAGCGGCGGGGUGGGCAAGUCCGCCCUGACGGUCCAAUUCGUCACCGGGACGUUCAUAGAGAAGUACGACCCGACCAUCGAAGAUUUCUAUAGGAAGGAGAUUGAGGUGGACUCUUCUCCGUCGGUGCUGGAGAUCCUGGACACGGCGGGCACCGAGCAGUUCGCCUCCAUGAGGGACCUUUACAUCAGAAACGGCCAGGGCUUCAUCCUAGUCUACAGCCUGGUGAACCAGCAAAGUUUUCAGGACAUCAAGCCCAUGAGGGACCAGAUCAUCAGGGUGAAGAGGUACCAGCAGGUGCCCGUGGUGCUGGUGGGGAACAAGGUGGACCUGGAAGACGAGAGGGAGGUGUCCCCCAGCGAGGGCCAGGCGCUGGCCGAGGACUGGGGCUGCCCCUUCAUGGAGACGUCGGCCAAGAGCAAGACGAUGGUGGACGAGCUGUUCGCCGAGAUUGUCAGGCAGAUGGACUUCUGCCCUCUGCCCGACCGUAGGGAGACCUGCUGCCCCCCCUGUAGCAUUCAGUAGCAGCCUGAAGGAGGGGUGGUGGAUGGGUGGGUGGGAGUAGAGUAGUCACUAGAGUGCAAAUGUAGUCAUGUUAGAUGGUUUAAAGGGAGAGUUAGAGGAAAACUCCACUUGUGUUGAUGCUAUUUCUACAAGUUUCAGCCUUCUCUCUGCAAAAGCAUUGUGGGAAAUGUAGGAAAAUGCUCUCUGAAGCAGGUUGGGGUGAAUUAGAUCCAAACAUUCAUCACCUCUCACACAAAAACUGGAUUUUGACUUGAACAACAAACCAACAUUCAACCUCCAGCAUCCAUCAGCAUCUGGUUGACUCAUUUGGAGGGAAAUUCUGGUGUUUCCCUAAAGCACCGUGGUGCCAAAGCCAUCAACGAAGAGGAUUGUAGUGCUAAAUGCUAUUUGGGAAAGCAGCCAUAGGUCAAAGCAGGUAUGGCAGUGUGUUCAGUGGUUUUACUGAUCUCUUUUCCUCCUUUUGUUUUUGUCUUUUCACACUUUUUGGACAUAUCUGGCAGUGCAAGACCUUCCACCAUGUAACAGAUAAGAAACACCACUGUGAUGGAGUUGCAGUGAGAGUUCAUUUCACAGCAGGACCCGCCUAACUUAACUAAGAAUGAAUGAAAAGAUGCAAGAAUGUCUAAAAAGAGAACCGCACCUUUGGGGGAAAUUCAUGCAGAAGAUCCCAAAUGCUGACCUACUCUGGAUGAUGUGUGCAUGAAGCUGUACCAUCACACUGACACUGAGUACAAUCAGUCUCGCCCAAAGAGGCAAGUCAGUCAAAUGUGCCGUUGAAAUGUUCAGACACUCGUCUUUUCACACUACAUAUGAUGCAAAUGCUUUGAUACGUGUAUAAGGUAAGCAGAGGUGUCAGCAUGUAGCUCGUCUGUCUGGGUCCCAUCAGAUAUGUUAGUGGUUUAAUGUGAGAAACACUUAUUUUCAACAAAAAAUAAAACUUUAUGCACAAG